AUGAGUCUGUCACGACGGACCGGCGGCGACGGCCACGCCGCGCGCGACGCCGAGGAGUCGACGCCUCUCCUUCCCGGCGGGCCGACGCCCGACCUCGCCUCCGGGGCCGAGGAGAUACCCGGCACCGCACCGACGGCCGCCGCCGCCGCCAGCAAGCCGCUGCCGGGGCUGCAAAUCUUCCUCCUCUGCUACGCGCGCGUCAUGGAGCCGAUUGCCUUCUUCGCCAUUGUGCCGUACAUUGCGGCCAUGGUGCGGCGCAACGGGCACCUGGCCAAGUCGGACGUGGGCUUCUACAGCGGGCUGAUUGAGUCGCUCUUCUCGGUGACGCAAAUGUCGGUGCUCAUCGUCUGGGGCCGUCUCGCGGACCGGCUCGGGCGCAAGCCGGUGCUCGUGUGGAGCCUGGCCGGGCUGACGGUCGGCCCGGCGCUCUUUGGCCUUGCCACGUCGCUGCCGCAGAUGAUGCUCUUCCGCAGCCUCGCCGGCGUCUUCUCCGGGUCGACGCUCAUCAUCCGCACCAUGGUCUCGGACCACUGCACGCCCGCCACCCAGGCCCGCGCCUUUAGCUGGUUCGCCUUUGCCGGCAACAUCGGCAUCUUUCUUGGGCCGCUCAUCGGCGGCGUCCUCGCUGACCCGGCCGCCCAGUACCCGGGCGUGUUUGGCGACUGGCCGUUUCUGCAAAAGUACCCGUACGCCGUGCCGGGGUUUGCCAUUUCCCUCAUUGCCGCGACCGGCGUCGUCACGUCCAUCCUCUUCCUGGACGAGACGCUCGACAGGGACGCGCGUGGCGGGACCGGGCGGCACCAGCUGCCGGGCGGCGGCAAGGCCGAGCAGCUGUCCGUCUGGCAGCUGCUGCACACGCGGGGCAUCCCCACGGUGCUCCUCGUCAACGCGUCCGUCAUGGUCAUGGCGUUUGCGUUUACGGCGCUGCUGCCGGUGGUGCUGUACACGCCCGUCGAGAUUGGCGGCCUCGGGCUGUCGGCGUUUCAAAUCUCCGUGUACAUGGCGCUGCAGGGCCUCAGCCAGGCCGUGUGGCUGGUGUUUGUCUUCCCGCCGUUGCACCGGCGGCUCGGCAACCGGCGGCUGCUCAUGGCCUGCGCCGUGAUGUACCCCUUCUUCUUCCUGACCUACAUUGUCCUCAACGAGCUGCUGCGCCGCGGCACCCCGGCCGCCAUGGCCGGCGCGUGGAUCGUGGGCCCGCUGGCCGCCGUCGUCGGCCCGGGCGUGUCCAUGGCCUUUACCGGCGUCCAGCUCGCCCUCAACGACGCCUCGCCGGACCCGCACGUCUUAGGCACGCUCAACGGCAUUGCCCUGACCAUGGCGAGUGCGCUGCGCUCCUUUGUCCCCGGCCUGACGACCGUCUUGUAUGCCGUUGGGGUGCGGGAGCAAAUCUUUCGAGGCCAUCUGGCUUGGAUUGUCAUUAUCCCCGUGUCGAUGCUCAUGUGGAUUGCGAUCCCCAUGCUGCCAGACGACAAGCAGCUUGUCGCUUGUGCGACUGUGGAAGAAGAAUCAGAGCUUUGA